ACAAAUAAAAUAAAAUGUGACGCCAUUAAUAUUUUAACCUAACCUAACUCAAAUAAUUUUUCUAUAUAAAAAUAUAAAAAUAAGUCAAUAUAUGUAAAAAUAUUUGUUUAAGAAAAUGAAAAUUGCAAACAUAUUUUGUUUAAAUCAAAUUUUAUAUUAAUUUCAAUAUAAAAAUUAUUUUAUUUAAAAUUCAUAAAAUAUAAAAUAUAAAUUAAAUAAUCGAUUGAAAUGAUCGACAUUCUCGACAACUUCAUGUUAUAAAAAUAUAAGUUAAUGGAAUGAGUUUUAUCAAUCAGUAUAACCUUUAUAUCAUAGAAUUCUAUUAGUGGUGCCAUAACCGUUACGAUUUUAACCUAACCUAAUUCAAAUAAUUUUUCUGUAUAAAAGAAUAACUAUUCAUCUUACCUUAUAAGGAAAACCUUGUUUAAUCAGUAAACGCUUCAUUUUCUGCAUCCAAAAUAAAAUAUUUCAAUUAAAACAAUGUCUGAUCCUCGUAUAAGAAUUUUAAAAAUUAAGACUGGAGUAGUGAAACGUCUCGCGAAAGAAAAAGUCACGUAUGAAAAAGAAGCAGCACAGCAACGUGAAAGGAUACAAAAAUUAAAGGAACAGGAUAAAGAUGGUUAUGAUAUAAAAAAACAAGAAGAAGUACUUCAAGAAUCUCUUAUGAUGGUACCAGAUUGUCAACGACGUCUUGCAAAAGCUUUUGAAGAACUUAAAAAAAUUUUGGAUACGGAACAAGAUUUAAAAGAAAUUGAAGAUUAUAUUGAAGCAGAAAAAAUAUUACAAGAAGCAGAAGCUCAACUUCCUAAAGAAGGAGAAAUUAUGGAAAUGUGUUAAAAAAGCAAAGCCUACUAAUUUUAUUAAAAUAUUGUGGAAAGUUGAGAAAACUAUAUUUUCAUCUAAAAUAACAUAAGAUUUGUAAACAAGUUAAAGUAAUCAUUUAAUGCAUAAAGAAAGUGAUAGUAUUAAGAUAUUUUAUAUUUUUUCAAAUUAAGUAGUCUUUAAUAAUUAUGUUUAAUGAUCAAAAUUUAGAGAAUUCUACACAAAAUUAUAUGGAUCCAAAUUAUAAUAUGUCUCAUCUAAUGAAUCAAUAUAUUUAUAAUACAAAUUAUAAUGUGAAUAUAUAUCAAAAUUAUAUUUAUCCAUUUGGUACAUUUGAAAAUGAAAAUGCUACAUCAGUAAUUAAUUUAGGAAUUCGACAAGCAGAUGAAAAAAAUAUUGAAAAUUUUCUCUUAGAAAUUAAUCAAUCUAAUAAUAUAAAUGACCAGAGAAAUAUAUGCAGAAAAUCUAAAAUUGCAAUAAUUAAAAAUGCUAUAACAUCUGCAUAUAAAUUAAACGAGAAAUUAAAAAUAAUUUGUGCAGAAUUUAAGAAUAGCCAACAUUUGAUGGAAGAUGAAUGGCAACAGAAAAUAAAUAUUUGUAAUGCAGCAAAGGAAGAAAUUGUUCAAUUAUUAGAACCUAUUAAAGAUCAAAAUUUUUUAAAUCAAUUAAAAAAAGAUUUAGAAAAACGAAAAAAAAA